AGCUGAUCAUGAUGAUGAAGAGGAGGAAGAUCUAGUCGACGUACUUCUAAAACUCCAGGAGUCAAGUAAUGAUUUCAAGUUGACAACUGGUCAAAUCAAAGAUGUCGUUAUGGAAAUCUUCGUGGCGGGGAGUGAGACAUCAGCUACAACCCUAGAAUGGGCGAUGUCGGAGUUGCUGAGAAACCCAAGAGUAAUGAAGAAGGCCCAAUCUGAGGUGCGACAAUCAGUACUCCUUACAAGUGAACGAAAGAAAUCAACAAUAGAAGAUACGACGUCUGACAAUGUUCAUCACAAAUUGGAUUACUUGAGAUCAAUUGUGAAAGAAACCCUGCGGUUGCACCCUCCUACUCCCUUGCUUUCAAGAGAAUCAAGGGAAAGAUGCGAAGUCGAUGGAUAUGAAUUACCUGCUAAGACGAAAGCAAUCAUCAAUGUAUGGGCACUGGCAAGAGAUCCAGAACAAUGGGGGGAUGAUGCUGAUUCCUUUAAGCCAGAGAGGUUCCUCCAUGACUCUAUGACUGCCAAAAUCGACUUCAGAGGGAAUAACUUUGAGCUCUUACCCUUUGGGGCCGGUCGAAGAAUAUGUCCGGGCAUGUCAUUUGCCAAUGCAGUGAUUGAGCCAACUCUUUUCCAAUUGCUCUACCGCUUUGAUUGGGAACUGGCUGAUGGGAUAAAACCAGAUGAACUAGACAUGACUGAGAGUUGGGGAGCAACAUGCAGGAAAAGGGAUGAUUUGUACGUCAUUGCCACCCCUCAUUUCCUUGAUUCAAUGACCAAGUCCUAG